AAAUUUAGGCUUUCUAAAAGUACUUUUGAAUAUAGAAGGCUAUAAGUGAAAUUCAGUUUUGGUCUCCUUUACAGGAAUAGCUAUUCACAGUCAGACAGAACCACUUACACGUUUUGCAGUAUCUCCUGAGGAAGUCAGAGUCUGAGCCAGCAUGAAGAUUGAAUCUUGUCUUUGGUCUGAUUUUCCUUUAUUGUAACCAUGUGCAAGGUGGAGGUUAUAGCAUGGAAACUAAAAUCUUACUUCCUGCCUGACAUAACUCACUUCAAGAAGUACACAAUGUCAGAACAUGGGAUUAAGUGGGCCUGUGAAUAUUGUACGUAUGAAAAUUGGCCGUCUGCAAUCAAGUGUACUAUGUGUCGUGCCCAGAGACCCAGUGGAACAAUUAUUACAGAAGAUCCAUUUAAAAGUGGUUCAAGUGAUGUUGGUAGAGAUUGGGAUCCUUCCAGUACUGAAGGUGGAAGUAGUCCUUUGAUUUGUCCAGACUCUAGUGCAAGACCAAGGGUUAAGUCUUCAUACAGCAUGGAAAAUGCAAAUAAAUGGUCAUGCCACAUGUGCACAUAUUUGAACUGGCCAAGAGCAAUCAGAUGUACCCAGUGCUUAUCCCAACGUAGGACCAGGAGUCCCACAGAAUCUCCUCAAUCCUCAGGAUCUGGUUCAAGACCAGUUGCUUUUUCUGUUGAUCCCUGUGAAGAGUACAAUGAUAGAAAUAAACUGAAUACAAGGACCCAGCAUUGGACUUGUUCUGUUUGCACAUAUGAAAACUGGGCUAAGGCUAAAAAAUGUGUUGUUUGUGAUCAUCCCAGACCUAAUAACAUUGAAGCAAUAGAGUUGGCAGAGACUGAAGAGGCUUCUUCAAUAAUAAAUGAACAAGACAGAGCUCGAUGGAGGGGGAGCUGCAGUAGUGGUAAUAGCCAAAGAAGAUCGCCUCCAACUACGAAACGGGACUCUGAAGUGAAAAUGGAUUUUCAGAGAAUUGAAUUGGCUGGUGCUGUUGGUAGCAAGGAGGAACUUGAAGUGGACUUUAAAAAACUAAAGCAGAUUAAAAAUAGGAUGAAAAAGACUGAUUGGCUAUUCCUCAAUGCCUGUGUGGGGGUUGUGGAAGGUGAUUUAGCAGCCAUAGAAGCAUACAAGUCAUCAGGAGGAGACAUUGCACGCCAGCUCACUGCAGAUGAAGUACGCUUGCUGAACCGACCUUCUGCUUUUGAUGUUGGCUACACUCUGGUACACCUGGCCAUACGCUUUCAGAGGCAGGACAUGCUAGCAAUACUGCUUACAGAGGUGUCUCAACAAGCAGCAAAGUGUAUUCCAGCAAUGGUGUGUCCUGAACUGACAGAACAAAUCCGGAGAGAAAUAGCUGCUUCUCUUCACCAGAGAAAGGGAGAUUUUGCUUGCUAUUUUCUGACUGACCUUGUAACAUUUACAUUGCCAGCAGAUAUUGAAGAUUUGCCUCCAACAGUACAAGAAAAAUUAUUUGAUGAGGUGCUUGAUAGAGAUGUUCAAAAGGAGCUAGAGGAAGAAUCUCCAAUUAUAAACUGGUCCUUGGAGUUGGCUACACGUUUGGACAGUCGACUGUAUGCACUUUGGAACCGGACUGCCGGAGAUUGUUUACUUGACUCAGUACUACAAGCUACCUGGGGCAUUUAUGACAAAGACUCGGUGCUUCGGAAAGCCCUGCAUGACAGCCUGCAUGACUGUUCACAUUGGUUUUACACACGCUGGAAAGACUGGGAAUCGUGGUAUUCCCAGAGCUUUGGUUUACAUUUUUCACUGAGGGAGGAACAAUGGCAAGAAGACUGGGCAUUUAUACUCUCUCUGGCUAGUCAGCCUGGAGCAAGUUUGGAACAGACACACAUUUUUGUACUCGCGCAUAUUCUUAGACGACCAAUUAUAGUGUACGGAGUAAAAUAUUAUAAGAGUUUCCGGGGAGAAACUUUAGGAUAUACUCGGUUUCAAGGAGUUUAUCUGCCUUUGUUAUGGGAACAGAGUUUUUGUUGGAAAAGUCCAAUUGCUCUGGGCUAUACAAGGGGCCACUUCUCUGCUUUGGUUGCCAUGGAGAAUGAUGGGUAUGGCAACCGAGGUGCUGGUGCUAAUCUGAACACUGAUGAUGAUGUCACCAUCACAUUUUUGCCUCUGGUUGACAGUGAAAGGAAGCUCCUCCAUGUGCACUUCCUUUCUGCUCAGGAGCUAGGUAAUGAGGAGCAGCAAGAGAGACUGCUGCGAGAGUGGCUGGACUGCUGUGUGACUGAAGGGGGGGUUCUGGUGGCUAUGCAGAAAAGCUCUCGAAGGAGAAACCACCCCUUGGUCACGCAAAUGGUAGAAAAAUGGCUUGACCGCUACAGACAGAUCCGGCCUUGUACAUCCCUGUCUGAUGGAGAGGAGGAUGAGGAGGAUGAGGAUGAAUGAACACAAACACAUACACCUAAGGAGCAAAAGACCAAGGCAUCAGAACUAAGAUGACCCACAAAUUAGUGUGGCAUUCUAAGCAGAAUAUACAGCAUGGAGUGAGCCAAACCCUGCAGGAUCUGCUCCCAAGUAUCUAUCUUUCUGCUCCACACCCCCUGGAGAUAACGAGUGCAUCUGCAUGAGGAGACGGAGAGCUUUGGUUGAACUACAGUUUGUAAAAAAGACCCUAAUUUUAUUGACAGAACUUUUUUCUUUUCAAUUGUAAAUCUGUCUCUGAAUGUAACGCAUGUGGUUGUGUAAGAAGUCGUGUACUAGGAAAAGUGCACCAGCAUCUUCAUGUUACUGAGAACAUUUCCCCAGCAUGGGCACUCGUAAAAAGCACACGGCCGGUAACUUUGUUGAGACACUCUCAUUAGAACCUGACAUCCUGCUCCCACCCUACGAGACCCAUUUCCAUUGUUUCAGAGAUUUGGAAACUUUGUACAAAUUAUCCACGGCAAGAUGAAAAUAAACAAGCCUUUAUUUUAUUAAUAAUUUACUUCCUGUUGUGCCCAAUAAAAUAAAAAUGAAAUCCUUAGGAACAAACUGCAAGAAAAACUAGCAAUUUUGUUUUUGAGUGAACUUUACAUAGAAAUUGUCUUGUUUUGAAGAGGGUUUUGGUUUCUGUUGUUUUCAAGUUUCCUGAUUUGCCCCUUUCAUUAUUUAGCUAUUUAUUUGUUUGAAAGAGUGCCCUGUAAAGGGGGUUCUUACUCGACUCUGGGCAGGUGCGUUUGUGCACUUAUUCCCUGGAUAAAUGGAAAGGGAGCAGGUUCACUUGUCCCUGGGUGGAUUGUGUGACAGUCAUGUGGACUCAAAUCUGUUCUGCUCCCAGGUGGCCAUGUAGAGGGUCUUCAGAUUCUUCUGUCUUUAUUGUCACCUCUGCUCUAAAGCAGAUGCUGUACUGAGGGCAUGCCUUUGCUUAGGCUGAUUGGGAAUACAGUUCAGUACAAACAGAAUAAAGAUUGUUAAAUGCAGUAAGGUGGUCAAUGAAUUGUAUGAUCAUUCUCUGUAGUCCAAGAAUUUUUGCAUGUUGGUUAGUUGUAGCCAUUAUUUAAAGUUAAAACUGUAAUCUUAGAAAAAUUUUAUGGAGUUAUUUGACCACUUGAGGUAAUUAGUGCUGGUGAACAUUUCUGACCUAUCUCAGGAACACGACACAUAGUGUCCUGCUAAGCACUUAGUAGACUGAUGUGGCAAGCAGUUGUUACAUAGCAAAUAUAUUCACUUCCCUUCUCCCCUUUAAUGAAAAGGCUGUUGAAACCUUUAAAUCUUGUUUUCUGAUGAGAUGGUAUUGAAGUGUACACAACCUUCAGUUUGCUGGAAUACUAAAAAGAGGAAAAUACC